AUGACGCAAAAGACGGUCGCGCCGCGCCAGACGCUGUCCGUCGUCGACAACCGCACGGGCAAGGCCUACGAGGUGCCCAUCCAGAACAAUGCGGUGCUAGCGACCGACAUCAAGAAGAUUGCCGCGCCGCCGCAGGAGGGCGACCGCGCCGAGGACGAGACCACGCAGGGCCUGCGCGUCUACGACCCGGCGUACAUGAACACGGCCGCGAUCCGGAGCCGCAUCACCUACAUCAACGGGCAGGACGGCAUCCUGCGGUACCGCGGCUACCCCAUCGAGCAGCUCGUCGGCCGCAGCAGCUUCCUCGAGACGGCCUACCUGCUCGUGUACGGGCAGCUGCCCACGGCGCCGCAGCACGCCGCCUGGCAGCAGGAGAUCCUGCACCACACGUACAUCCACACCGACAUUGAGGGCAUGUUCCAGUCGUUCCGCUACGACUCGCACCCCAUGGCCAUGAUGACGGCCGCCUUUGCCACCCUCGGCGCCUUUGCGCCCGAGGCCAACCCCUCGCUGCAGGGGCAGAAGCUGUACACGGCCGCCGCCGCCGGCGACGCCGCCGCGCUGCGCGCCCUCGACAAGCAGAUCCUGCGCAUCAUCGGCAAGGCCCCGACGCUCGCCGCGGCGUCGUACCGCAUGCGCCAGGGGCGCCCGUUCAACCGCCCCGCGCAGGGCCUCUCGUACACGGGCAACUUCCUGUACCUGCUCGACAACCUGUCGGGCCACGAGUACCAGCCGCACCCGGUGCUCGAGCGCGCGCUCGACGCCCUCUUCAUCCUCCACGCCGACCACGAGGUCAACUGCUCCACCGCCACCGUCCUGCAGGUCGGGUCCUCGCUCGUGGACCCGUACAGCGCCGUCGCCGCCGGCUGCGCCGCCCUCUACGGCCCUUCGCACGGCGGCGCCUCCGAGAGCGCCAUCCGCAUGCUCAUGGAGAUUGGCAGCCCCGACAACGUCCCCGCCUUUAUGCGCAGCGUCGAGAAGCGCGAGCGCGUCCUCGUCGGCUUCGGCCACCGCGUCUACAAGAACGUCGACCCCCGCUCCAAGGCCAUCCGCGCCCUCGCCGAGGAGGUCUUUGCCGUCACCGGCCGCAACGAGCUCCUGGACACCGCCAUCGCCCUCGCCGAGUACGCCGGCCAGAGCGAGUUUAUGCGCAGCCGCAACCUGUACCCCAACGUCGACUUUUACUCUGGUCUCAUCUACCAGGCCAUGGGCUUCCCGCUCGACUUCUACCCCGUUCUCUUUGCCGUCCCUCGGUGCGUAGGAUGGCUUGCCCACUGGCGCCAGCAGAUGCUCACGCCUACCGGCGUCAAGAUCUGGCGACCUCGCCAGCUGUACCAAGGCGAAGGCGAGCGCGAGUACGUCGAAAUGGACCGCAGGCUGGGUGACGCGAGGGCUACCGUUUUUGACGCGCCCUUGCAAGUCUCGCACGGUGGCGACAGCAAGCGGAACCAUUUGGCGACGUACCGUGACGAAAACGGAUCGCUCGUCAAGCCGAAGCUGUAG